CACUUUACAACAUUACAGAGCGACACUACCUCUCAAUCUCAUCAUCUUCGCAGAGUUUCUCUCACAAUUUCCUUCCAAUCAUUUUUCUCCCAAUUUCCUUCCAACCAAACACGCUCUCUCUAUUUCUCUCUUCUACUCUUCUGAAACGCAAACCCUAAUUGGAACUGAAAAUGGCGGUGGCGGAGGGAAUUGGAGGUAGCGGUGGCACUGGCACCACUAUCAUUGACGAAACGUACGAGUUCUCUGCACCGCGUUUCUUCGAUUUCACGAAAGAGGAAUCGGAAGAUGAAAUCCGUAAGGCUGAGCUCUGGUUUCACACUGCUCUCUCUUACGCUCCUUCUCCAUUCAUGCCUAAAAUCAAGGCUGGUAGAUCCAUUACUGUAGGUACCUUAUGUGAUUUUAGUGAAGCUGACAAUAUGCCAAAGAUGUCGGCAAAUGUUGAAGAUGCUCUCGAAUCAAAUACACAACAAGUAAGCAUAACUAGCAACAUAAAGGAAGAUGAUAGAGCCAAGGAGGAAAAGCUUACAGGAGUUACUCGCAUGAUUUCUGCCGAUAAGAAAGAAGAGAGUAAUUCAAUGGAUUCUGAUAAGGUUUCUGUUGGUAAGCCAACAAGUGAUCGUAAAGGGGAGAGCUCAAAAGUAGCAACAUCCAUAGGACCAUCGUUUGAAGUAGGAAAAGACGCUUGCACGCCGAAACCAGAAUUGCGGAAAAAUGUCAAUACCGCUUCCACUAAUUCCAAGAAGCAACAGAACUCUAAGAAGGUAUCUACGAAUACCAAAACCCGGUUACAGUCAGCAGUCACAAAUAGCACUGCAGUGACUCCCCACUUCACCCAAGAGAAUCAAGCUAUUAAGAGGCAAAAAUUGGAAGAAGGGAAAACUAGACAGAUUUUGAAUCUCAAACCUCGAAUUCUGUCGCAUGAUAAAUCAAAAUUGGGUUACUCUUCAAGUACUACUAAAACUCACGAAAAGGACAGAAAGGUUUAUGUUCGUGAACCAAAAACAGCCCCACCUGCGCCAUUUGUAUCAAUGGCAGAAAUGAUGAAGAGAUUCGAGUCUAGCACUAGAGACUUACCACUGCACAACAAUAUUUCUCAUUCAAAACCAAAACUUGCAUUGACCAGACCCAAAGAACCCGAACUUGAGACAAAUCAGCGGGCUCGCCCAUCUAGAAUGAAGAGUGCUGCUGAGCUUGAGGAAGAAAUGAUGGCUAAAAUUCCCAAAUUCAAGGCUCGGCCUGUGAAUAAGAAGAUUCUGCAAACUCCAACUUUGCUUCCCAUGCCAAGAAGUGAACCACAGCCACCAGAGUUCAAGGAAUUUCAUCUAGAAACAUUGGCUAGAGCUCAUCAAAAUAUAGAUUCAGCUUCCAAAGCCUCAUCAGAGGUUUCACAUAAGGAAAAAUCACUGAAAACUCAUCUUAAUGAACCUAAACCUCCACUGCUCCAAACAACACUAAGGGCUCGCCCACCAACCGUGAAAAGCUCAUUAGAAAUAGAGCAAGAGGAACUUGAAAAGAUUCCUAAAUUCAAGGCUAGACCUCUAAAUAAGAAGAUCUUUGAGAGUAAAGGAGAUAUUGGAAUAUCCUGCCAUAUGAAGAAACAUGUCACCGAACCGCAAGAAUUUCACUUUGCCACAAAUGAGAGGUUUCCACCAUCUGGCUCCGUGGCUGAUUUAUUUGACAAGCUUUCUUUGAAGUCUGAACCUGCGCGUCACAAGACAGUUCCAAGAAUCACUACUCCGAAUCCAUUCCAUCUUCACACCGAGGAAAGAGGAGCUGAGAAAGAGAAGAAACUAUUCCUAGAACUCUUGGAGAAACAAUUAGAAGAGGAAGCAACAAGGGUUCCAAAGGCUAACCCAUAUCCGUAUACCACUGAUUAUCCCGUGAUCCCACCGAAGCCAGAACCCAAGCAAUGCACAAAACCAGAGCCAUUUCAAUUGGAGAGCCUAGUGAGACAUGAGGAAGAAAUGCAAAGGGAACAAGAAGAAAGACUUAGAAUGGAAAGAGAGGAAGCACAGAGGAGAAAAUUUAAGGCACAGCCAGUAUUAAAAGAGGAUCCAAUCCCAGUUCCGGAGAAGGUACGCAAACCCCUUACACAAGUUCAAGAGUUUGAUCUACAUUUGAAUCAUCGAGCCGUGGAUAGAGCGCAAUUUGAUGGGAAGAUUAAGGAGAAAGAAGCGUUGUAUAAACGCCACCGAGAAGAGAGUGAAGCAGCAAGUAAGAUUGAGGAAGAGAAGGCACUGAAACAUAUGAGAAGAACGAUGGUUCCUCAUGCUAGGCCGGUUCCAAGUUUUGACAAGCCAUUUGUUCCCCAAAAAACUUCUAAAACAACAAAACCCAAGUCACCAAAUUUGCGUGUACUCCAUAGAAGACGGAAGGUCCACGGUUCUGCAGUCUCUAGUCCUGCAACUAACAUGCGAUGAUGACUUGUAACCAACUUGUAUUCUUGAAUUCUUGACACAUUCCUAGUGUCUAUGUCUGUAACAGUGUAAUAGUUGAGUUUGUAUUAUUUGAUGUAUAUUUUUUAAGGCUGCAGCUAAUAAUGCAUCUGUAUAAAGAAUGUGAUAACACCAAAUCAACAUUUCAUUUCAACAUUAUUAGCGUUGCUUAAUUAAGAUAGUAAUAACUUCUACCAAAAAAAAAAUUAUUGUAUCUGAUUGAGGAAUAUCCAUGUUGAUACUAAAAUAUAUUUUUGCUCUCUUGCAUCGUGCUUUUACGAUUUUAUCAUUAGGGCUGU